GAAAAACGAUACAACCUGAGCUUUUCAGAUCUGUCAUUUACACAAUUAGAACUUUAAAACGCACUCGCACACGUAACAACUACACAUAGCCGGUCAUCCAUUUAUUUACCACUGUCGGUGUCGGUUUCGCCCCCGAUUUGCAGUUAUUGAAGCCACGUCGUUGUGACCAAAUUGUGGCGACUAAACAGUCCGCCGUUCUUACAUGAUGUGGCUCUGGUUGUCACGAGAGGUUCUUGUCUUUGAGUUGUAGUUUUCUGCGUAUUUUAAUAUUUAUUGCAAGCUCUUUUGUCGCUGUGGGAAGAGCUGGACGUUCGGCAAAGGGACGCGCACACCAAACCCCACAAAUUCUUAUCCUGGGAACCAAUAAGUAAAAUGCCGGACAAUUUCGAGUCUCCGCAGCGCCUGCCACCCGGCCUUGGUCUUGAACGGGAGGAGGAGUGCGCGCGCGUGGCCCAACUUUUGGUGGAGUAUGGCGGACCCAUGAGCAUUGCCACACUCCUGGACUCUAUCGAGUUGCGCUUCCGGGCGCGCUUCGGCGAGACCAUGACCAUGUCUCCUUUUGAAUUGUUGGCGGACCUGACCAGUAAGAAGCUGGUCUCGCGCUCGGGGGAUGCGGUAACCGCAAUGCAAAGUCGAAGCGGAGACUUUGUCCUGUUUGUGUCUUGUGUACACACAGUUCUGCAAGAGGCCGAGAAAACGUGCGUGAGCUCCAAUGCGAUCGCGGAUCUGUGGUAACUGGAGGAUAGUGUUAGUUGUGUAUCUCAUCCGUAUCUAGAAAUGUUUUUCUUUUGCUUUUCGUGUGAAAAGUUUCAAUUUGGUCUGCAUGGCAGUUCUUGGUGCUUUUGCUGUAAGUCAGUGAGUGUAGUUUCCAGUGGCUUUCCACACCUCGUCCUGAAGGCGGCCGAUAGAAAUGUGGUGAAAAAAGUUCUUUAUUCAUUCGAAACAGGGCGCAGUACCAGUCGGACCCCAAGUACGAGCACCGGUUUCCGUUCUUGUCUUCCUUUCUCCGGCGUCACGGCUUCUCGUGUUUGGACACUGCGUUGCAGAAUUUGUGCGAGGUGGAGAUGGUCAGUAGUGCAAAGAUGGCCGAUCAAAACGAUCGUUCUCCUCACGAAACCGAGCCUGCGCGCGCCAUAAACGCUACACCCAGCAAGCGGACCACUACAUCCUCCGGCGUGAUGAAAAUCGCGUACCGACUCGCAACGGAUCCGCGUAGCGCUGCAACGGUUUCUGCACGAAGCGACGCUGUUUUACUGAAGGGUGACGAGAAAGUUGUGCCCGCUUCGUCAAAUGCAUUCGAAACGAGCGACGCACUACAGGGGAAUACAACGCCGCCGCAGUUCUUCUCGCCUCCAAGUGUGCAAGAAGAAAUAGUAAACUUGUACACGAAUGGAACUACUGUCGCACGACUAGGCCGCGAGCGAGAUGAUCAGGCGUGGUUGCGGCCCGGGGCAUCUCAGAAAGCGGCACAAGACUGCUGGGAGCGCCGAGAUACGAAAUCUGAGCGUCCGGCAAUUAGUGCUGCAAAAUCUCCAGCAUGGUAUAGAAAGUUCUAUCAAUCUUUGGUUUUGGAUUUAGAGGUAUAGGUAUGUGAGUUUCGCAAAAGUUUGUACAAAGGACUCGAAAUAAAAUCGACGAGUGACGCAAGAGUAUGUAGGAUGCCAUACUUCGAAUUUCUGACACGAUUGUAGGAUUAGUCUGAAGAAAUCUCCAAACCUCCUGCGCCCACUUUGAUACACGGUAGGUACCAAAGAGAGCUCGCGUCCCCCGCCGACCUAGCUUCCGACCCUGCACACCACACCACGGACGUGCCCGCUGACCUGUUGUCGGAUCCUGGUACACUACGGCGCGCAUUGGAGAUCCUCGCGAUCGUCAACAACCAAGUUGCGCCGGCACCUCCGACGGCGUCCACCGCGACCACUGCGUCAAUGCAGGGCCGUCUCUGGGAAGAACUAUAUCAAGCGUCGACUAAUAAUGCAACUUGGUCAACAUCUUUAACAAAUGCAAAGCCGGAUGAUGUUAAUUACCACGGAGCGCUGCAUCGGAAUGGGAAUCGCGGUGGCGCGUUUUCACCUCCAACAUCUUCGUAUUACAACAACUACGGUGGCGGCAAACCUGGUAGUAGUUCAUCCUGGAACAACUACAAUACCGGUGGGAGGAUGAAUCGGGGUUUGUCGUGGCAACAGCACCAGUACAACAACAACUUCGGGGCCGCGAAGAAUAGUGCGACAUCCGCAACAUUGGCCACCGAACAAAUAAUGGCAUCUUCUACGAACAAAGACAAACUCCAGUACGCGACUCCGCAGAAGAACAGCUCCGGGCCGGGUGGAAACACGACCUCUAGAUGCACUGAGGUUCUUUCUGUCUCAGGUUUGCGGUAUCUUUUGGAAAAAAGCUAGCGCAGUGUAUCUUGGGAGAUGUACAGAACAUGAACAAGAUUUUGGUUUCGUUCGCAUGUCCUCCUUGAAUUGAUAUGUAGGAUCCGCUGUGACAGAUAUGUGCUGGAUUUCUCUACUAUGGGCUGUUGGUCUUCUGAUCUUGUUUUCCAAGUGCAGCUGCAGGUUUUUUCCCACAUGAUACGCGGAGGACAUCCGAGAACGGGUUUCCGGGCGGAAACGAGGAGCUGGCGGAUAGGCCGGUUUUCACACCAACGCUGCUCGUACCGCAAGGUGACGUCGCGGAAUACGCAACGAAGCUGGCUGUGGUUUCACCGCAUAAUCUGGCGGAGCAGAAUGUUAAAAGCGCUAGUCGUGAUAGUCAUGAUCAAGAAGCGAUCGUGAAUGAGACGUCCGGUCGUGCCCUCCGGACAGGAGGUUACUCGACCGGUGGCACGACGAAUCCAGGGAUGCAGCGCCUUGCCAUGGAGACGCAGCGCUUCGUCCUGUCCCGCGAGCAGAAAUCCUGUACGGUGGAUAUCAAAGUGGAGUGUGCCUCGCCUCGAACAUGAGUAUGACAAGUGUGUCCCUCCAUACUGUAUGUGUUGUGCGCUACAUAGCUUUAAGUACUACUUUCGCUGUUAUGCAUCGCAAAUUUGAUGCGUUGGUGUUAUACAAACAUACGAGAGCAGCAGGAGUUGUAUCACCUGCGCUUUUACACGUGAGAAUUGCACCAGAUGAAGGUCUUUUGCGAAUGCAAAGAAAUAUACUCUUCUUGUUUAUACCUACACUUCUGGGGCUGCAGGGUCAAUCUUCAUUUUGAUAGGAGAAGAGGCUGCGCGGUAUCAAAUGCAAAAAUGUCUGGGUCUGGAAGGAUGUAACAGUAACUUGUGAUGCGCAUUUCAGAACACACAAGAAUCUCUGAUGCAUAGGCAGCAAAAGCUGCUCACUUUCUGUGACCAACAUGAGGGAUUUGUCAUGCGGAUUCGGCAUUGCGGAAGCUUCUCGAAACCUGUGAUGCUAGAGCUUCCAUGCCAGGCCUUCUGUGUCAUGCAGAAACAGCAUGACUCUUCCAGACCCAGACAUUUUUACACUUGAUACGCGGGAACCGGGAAUCAAAGCGGCUUGGAAAGCGAUCGGUCGGGUACCGCUGUGGAAGCUCGUGAAGCAGUUCCCCGCUGACAUUCAAGUGCAACAGAAACAGCAGGUACAUUUUCAUAUCUCCACUUAAAUACGAUAUCUUCAGAUAGAAACUACAGUGAUUUGUUGGAUAAGAAUUAUAGCGAAUUCCGGACGUAGUUCUUAGAUGCAAUAAUACCAGAACCGAUCGAGUUGUCAAUAGUACCUGACGUAAGUUGUAACAGACUCGGAAGUAAGGCAAGUUGUAGAGGCAGUGCUAUUGUAAAAAUUAAGAGAUGAAAAUAAAUCUAUCGUGUUUGCAGGUCGACGGUUCCUGGCGCAUUUUUGCUGCGAAAGCCGACUGCGAGGACGAGGAAAAGAGCGGAAGCGAGGGUGGGACGACCAAGAAGCCAGACGCUGGUCACACUUGUGCUGCAUCUACUAGCGUAGCCAACCCUGCGGCAGCUGCCGUAGAUGCGGAGAAUUGAAUGCUGGCACAGACGGAGUGGAAGCGGAUGCUGCUUGAUACGAGGAGAGCCGUCGAGUUUUUGUUUUUUUUUGCGCAUUUGCGUUUUGAAUGUACUUGUUGCAAACCUGUUUCAUAGACGAGUACACGUUUUGAUUUUUGAUCCAUGCUUUCUUCGAUCUUUCGAACAUUGCAAUUUUGACAUUUCCUCUCAGGUUUGUUUUGUAGAACAGUAUGAAUAUGUAAAACUUGAUCAAUUUACAACUAGAACGCGGAUAUUUGGCUGCGAUUUGGUGCGUCGACCAUGUCGAUGUCGACCUGUUUUCGAAAAACUACCACCACAUCCAUGUAUGUUUCCAUCAUUGCGUCCGCUUCCGGCGCAGAAAUGAAAUCGUGGCGUUUACUAUGUCAUGCUAAUUUUUUUUUAUCUCUUGCUUGCUUUUUCCAAGGUUGUAAAUGUAAAAUGCAUGAAAACCAUCAAGAUGACAUUUUGGUAUGCCUGUUCGCAAUGAAACUG